CCACGGUGCAGAAAUGGCUGCUGAACCCACCGGAGAAACACCCGCUCUGGCUGCCGAGAACCACUCACCCUCCACGGGGACAAGCGAGAGCAAUGGCCAGGACCAAGAGAAGGGCCUCAACGAAGCGGAACCAGCGGAACCAAGCGCUCACGUAGAGCUGAAGAUGGAGGAGGCGGGCGGGGAGGCCAGCGAGGAGAAGCCCGCUGAAGCUGCGGACAAGGCCCCGAGCGAGGCGGAGGCACACGACGGCACCGGGACGGUCAGCCAGGAGGAGACAGCCGCUCCCGAGGAACCGGAGGCGAAGCCCGAGCCCGAGCAGAGCCCCGGGGAGGGCAACAGCGAGCCCGCCAAAGACAGCGCUAUGAAGGAGGCGAAAGAGGAACCGGGGGAGGACAGCCGGUGCUCGGAGGCGGACUGUGAGAAGAGCAAAGCGGGGUGUGAGGACGGGGAGAAAGCGAGCAGCGGAGGCGGGGAGCUGGACGACAAGAGGCGGCCAAGUGUGGAGAUCUCCUCCUCGGACGGUGAACCGCUGAGCCGCAUGGACUCGGAGGACAGUAUCAGCAGCACCCUGAUGGAGAUGGAGAGCACGGUGUCCAGCGGACGCUCCACUCCUGCUAUGAUGAACGGACAGAUCAGCACCAGCUCCUCCGUGGCUAAGACCGUGGCCUACUCCUGCUGCUGGGACCUCUGUCUGCAGUGCUUCAACUCAAGUCCUGAUCUGGCUGAGCACAUCAGGGGCAUUCAUGUGGAUGGACAGAGAGGAGGGGUGUUUGUGUGUCUGUGGAAGGGCUGUAAGGUGUAUAACACCCCAUCCACCAGUCAGAGCUGGCUCCAGAGACACAUGUUGACCCACAGCGGAGAUAAGCCCUUCAAGUGUGUAGUCGGUGGCUGUACCGCAAGCUUCGCCUCUCAGGGAGGUCUGGCUCGCCAUGUGCCGAGUCACUUCAGCCAGCAGAGCUCCUCUAAAAUGUCCAGCCAGGCCAAACUCAAAGAGGAGUCCCCGUCAAAGGCUGCACUUAACAAGAGGAAGAAGCUCAAGAACAAACGCAGGUGCUCCCUACAUAUCCAUUCAUUUUCAAAAAUACACAUUGCAGAGACAGAACAGAAAACAGGGAGAGCGAGACACCACGACUUCUUCGAUGCUCAGACCAUGGAUGCUAUCCGCCACCGGGCCAUCUGUCUCAACCUCGCCACCCACAUCGAGAGCGUGGGCAAUGGCCACAGUGUGGUCUUCCACAGCACGGUGUUGGCCAGAAGGAAAGAGGGGUCUGGCAAAGUGAAGGUUCUCCUGCACUGGACACCUGAGGACAUACUACCUGACGUGUGGGUGAAUGAAACGGAGCGAUGUCAGCUGAAGACCAAAGUGGUGCACUUAUCCCAGUUACCGCAGGACACAGCCAUGCUGCUGGACCCAAACAUCUAUAGAGCACUUCCUCAAAAGCGGCUGAAGUGCAGCCUGUGAGGAGGCUCCCGUGGACUCGAUACUUAAGGGGAAAUCCUUGUGCAUAGGACAUUUAUCUGAAAGGGACGGGACACUCUUCAUCUGUCUCUGCUGAACGGGGGAAGUGAAGAGGCGAUAAAAGGGAGUUCUCCUUUAUUUUAUAUUUUGUGUACAUGAAACAAUGGUUGUAGCCAAGUGUGGUGGUAAAAUGAGACUAAAAAUUUUUUUAAAGAAACCUUUGUGUUCACCAAAAACUUAAAUGAAUGUUUUUAAAAAGCACCAAGCUGAACAUAUUCUUCAUACCCAAUGGUGUUAAAAGCAGUUUUGUGUACGUUUGUCAGAAGAUGCAGCAUCUUUUAUAACUGUUUUGUGCAAAAUAUUUAUGCAGAUUUGUAACUUAUUUUUAUACCAUGUACUGUGGCUUUUUGUGAAGGUUUUGAAUAGAACCGUAUUUACUGUGAUAAUCUAUGUUAACUAUCACUUAUUGGGAUAUUUGAACAUUUCUAGUUGUAAUUAUGUUGUACAUAACAAAAGUCUUAACAGAUGAUCCUAUUUAUACUUCCUGAAUGCAGUACUGUUAGCUGUGUGUAGGACAGCGAGGUGUGACACUGUGUCACAUCAUGUCAGACUUUGUAUUCAAUGCAUUGCAAAAUGUUACAGAAGCAAUAACUCUGUAGUAGCUCUUAAGCCAGUAUGUAGAGUACUGCAUAAUAUGACUCUGACAUGUUAGCACACACUUCAUGUGUAAAUCACACCAGUUAUCAAUUCAAACAGGAACUUUGCAUAUCAUAGUCCGUAUGAUACAUUUACAUCACCGCCAUUUACAAUUAUUGAUAUGAAGUUGUGUUUUCUACUGUGUUUGGAAAUUGAACAUGUCUUUUUAAUAAAAUGGCGGAAUCAACA